ACGCCACCGAUAUGAAGGCCGUCUUCCUGUCGCGCAAGGUCAGGCAGCUUUACGCCGCUGUUUGCAUCAACCAGGACCGCAUCCGGAAAUUGUCGACCAUCCUCAAGGAAGAGCAGCAGGCCUUGGACGACCUCAUCCCGCGGAUCCGCAGGCACAAGGACAAGCUCCGCCACGAAGAGCUCGAAGCGGUGCGGCAGCUGAGGUUGAUGGAGAGAUACGAACGCUUGCGCAUCGAGCGCCAGAAUUCCAAGCCCACCUGGAUCGAGGAGCUCUACAAGAGGGAUCGGUACCGCGAUCGCGCCCCGCUUCCCGAUCCUGUCCCCCGGUUCCGACAGGAGAUAGUGGUGCAGCCUCCGCUGUGCGCAACCUCUUGUCGCGUUCUGGAGACGGAGAGGGACCUGGCAGGUUGCCAACGGGCCGUGAAUCCGGUUCCCCCUUCUGGUACGGGUUUCGAGGUCUUGUUUGGGUGCCCUCUUCCGGAGGUCCUGGUCCCGGUUUCCGCCCCAGUCCCCGAGCUACGGCAGACCGUUCCUCUUCCGGCCACGUAGGAUGUGGUCGAGGUCGAUACAGUUAUGCCGGACGCACCCGAGUUGAUUGAGCCCGACGAGGAUCACGAUGUUUCGGUGCAUGAUGCUGAGGCAACGGACCUGGCGGUUGACAUCGACAUGCCUGACGCUGUGAGUCCUAUUUCUCGUCUGACCGUGAUGGCGCCUCUCCC